GGUUUGAACUGCUAGCGUUGUUGCCGAGAUCUCAUAGCGUGCUGAGCGGUACUUUUCUCGUCGUUGGUUUGGUAACCAAACCAGCUUAUUUUCUUCUUCCUUAUAUCCUUUAGCUUCAGCUUGUGUGCUACUACGGCUCCUUGGCGAUCUCAAUCUAGCUCUACUCUUCGGAGACUUCCGGCACAAAAGCUAGCAACCCCCGCAGAAGUGUAGAUUGAUUCCUGCCUCAGAUGUUGGUGAGAUGAUUACAAUCUAGUAGAACAGAUUGCACGUUUUUUUCCAGCCAGGUACCAUAUCUUCGAGGGAGAAUAUUUAAAUUGUUGGCUGGAGAUAGUCGCUAAUAAAGCUAGGUAACCCACCGUGAGUUUCCCUUCUUCUUUUCUUAUUUAACCCGACGUCUCUUUUACACAUAUACAUGCCAUCGUAUUCAUUUUGUGCCUUUUUACAUAUAGAUGGCGCGUGGUGAGGGGUCUAUUCCUUCCAAUGAACUAUCGAUUUGUCAGUUAGCUGAGCGACAUCUAUAUGAGCCUAAUACUAGUGAAGAGGUCAACCUAGUGAUCAGACGGCAGGUGCUCGCACAUGCGGAUUUGACGCGCCAUCCUCGUGGUUGGAAUGUGGGGUCUACCGUUAGUGACUAUUCUUUUCAUCCACUAGCACCUUAUCCUAAACCUAAUCAUGAAGCCUACACCCUAGGGACCAGGAUGGUAGCAAAAGGUCUAGGUUGGGAUGGUCACACAGCCGAGUAUGUUCCGCAAUCCAAAGGCUAUGUUGAGUGGGGCAUAUCUAUAUUGAAUAACCACUCGUUUUGUUUGAAAGGCGAAGCGGAGAACACCGAUUAUAUAUAUGGGGCCAUUUAUUGCUCCCUCGGUGAAUAUGAAGUUUCAGAUUCGUUACUGAGGUCAUUACUGGAAAGAUGGGAUCUAGAAACAAAUACUUUUCUUUUUUCAUCUGGUGAACGCACCGUGAUUCUGCUUGACAUGCUUCUAAUGUCGGGUCUUCCUUCAGUUGGAGAUCCAUACGAGGAAUAUGUUCCUUCUAUAGAUGACCUAGAACCUUCAAAGCUUAUGUUCCCAAAUUUCUUAUCUGGUCUUUUAGAAGAAUUCUACCGGCUCAGCCGCGAAAAUGGGAGUGUGACUUUUCAAGUUUGGUGUGACCAUUUCCAUAACAAACGCGAACGCACUUCGUCUUUCACCUCCCUUCGGGAACAACACAUGUAUAUUGCGGCUUUUAUAGCCCACUGGCUUUGCUCUUACGUGGUUGUUGGUGGGGGGCCUUAUAUUCGUCCCGGUGUCCUUCUUAUGGCCUCUUGGAUCGUCUCGGGUCGCAAGAUCUCUUUGGCCCCCUCAGCACUUUGUUCAUUGUAUUAUUCUCUUCGAAGGAUCAGUAUGCACCCCGUUGCUCCCUCCUAUGAGAAAAGAAUUUGGCCAGUGCAUUAUAUCGCGGGGUGGAUGGGUCUUUAUCUGAGAAAACCAUUUAAGGACAAAGUGAAAGGGAAACAUCUUCGAGAUGUUAAGCAACUGCCGAUGCAUCCAACCAUGGUUAAAACUAUGUUUCGGGUUCCCAUAACUUUCAGUCCUGCUAAGGCACGCAUUUUCCUUGAUGACCGAGCCAAUAUUUUUUGGAAUCCUUAUGCUCCAAAGAACUUAGUCGGGGUGGAUCAGUUGCAAAGGUCCUUCACCAUUUCUUCACAUCGGGGUAUGCUUCCAUGGAGGCGUGCUACUGAUGUUGAUGAUCUUUGCAUAGCGGAGCCAUAUCAUCCUGAUCGAGUUGCACGACAACUUACUUUGAGACAACAAGUGCCCUAUGCUCCGUUGGUCAGCGUGUACACAAAGGCGGAUAUUGGAGUUGCAUAUGCGUAUUGGUCGCAUUUGUUACGCUCGGACCAAGGGGAGUUCUAGUACCUUCUUAACGAUGCGCAUGAGGCAUUUUCUUCUGUGGCCUGGAACAACUGGUGGGUGGGAUUUAUGAAACCAUUUAACAACAUAUUCAAUACUCUUCGUCCGGGCAUCUCGAAUGGUCCGAAUUAUAAUAGGCGGAAACGUAAUUUUUUGAAACGUGGGGAGGAGUACAUAGUUCCUCGCAAGCUUUCAGAGAAUGAUUUUGUUGUUAUAAAGGAAGCCUCCGCCAGGGGUAGGGAGGAACAUAUUGCAGCCAUCAAAUUGAAUGGAAAGAUAAUUAUGGACCACUGGUGUCCCAUUCUGUGUGGCUUUCUCUCAAAUGAUGAACCUUUAAUCAACUCGAAAAAGAAGAAGCGAAAGGUUAAGGAUGUUGUUGCUACUCAACCCAUGAAAUCUAGAGAGCUGCAGCAAAGUGGCGUAUCAAAGUCUGUUGUUGCAGUUGGUUCUUCCUCUGCUCAUCCAUUGCUAGUGUGUAGUGAUGAUCUUCCGGAAACUGCCCUGGCCACCGGCGGACAGAAGCGUAGAAAUUUAUGGCCCACUCAUGCUGACGAAGAAGAGAGGCUCCCCUUCAAGCGCAAACUUGAUUUUUCCCAAGAAAAUGAUUUUUCUGAACCAAUAACCUUGGACGGUCCGUCAAUAGAUGUUGAACUUAGUAGCUUUGUUAAUGAUGAAGAUUUUGGCCAUGUUCUCACGGGAGAAAAGGACCAUGGCCUUGGUGACCUUUUCGAUUUAUCUGUCGAGGAUUAUACCUUUGGCGAGUGUGGCACAAGUUAUCCACCUUCCAGCCCAGGUUGUGACCAAGAAAUUCGCCACUCACCAGACCCUGAGGUGAUGGUUGUAUCAGGGAAAGGCGCACAGAUGGACUGCAGUUUCAUCAAGGACAUGUUUAUGGAUGCUACAGAUUUCAUAGUGAAACGAGCCCUCAAAGGACUGAACGACUCUACCCUUGGUGAUCCCGAGCGACGCAUCAUGCUUGAGAGUGUUUCUCAGACGCUGCCCACGCAAGUGCCUGAGGUAGCUAAGGUGCAGGCCAUGUUGGUCGGGCUUAUUGACCUUUCCAAGAAGUUGGAGAGUGGCCAGACCGAAUUCACGAAAGAAUCCGAGCGAGAUGAACAUGUUGUUGCUGAAAUAGAACUUAAUAUUAAGUUUGGCCAUGAAGUUUCCAAGGACAUAAUUGGGGACUUAUCUGCCGUGGAAAAUAAGUGCACUGAAAUGGAGGCACAAGAAGCAGAAUUGAAGGCCCAGCUUGAAGAGGUUACUGCUACUUUGCACAAGCUUAAAUUGGAAAUGGAACAGCGCCGACAAGCACAUGAUGCCCAUCAAUCUGAACAGAAGAAGUUGCUGAAGAGUCUACAGGAUACCAAUGCUGGCAAACGUACAAGGCUUGCUAAAUUUAAACAAAAGACAACAGAUUUAAAGACCGAAGCAAGUCAGUUGUUGAACAACCUGCAGAACUGGCGAGCUCCUUGAGAGGGCGUCGACUUCGUUUAGUUUUUUUGGUCAUUUCAAACCAUCAUUCCGCUUCGAACCAUUUAAUUUCAGUCUUCAGUUUCAAUUCAGAUGUAUCAGUACUUUCUUUAUUCACGUGGGAACUCCAAAUUUUAUGCAUGAUG